AUGUCUCGUCCAUCGUCAAUGACACAGCGUCCACUGACACUGACGGAGGAAUUGGAGAAGCUCGAGCAAUCAAUCACCCUGACGCUGCAAGAAAUCGACCAUAACUUCAGUCAAGCCCAUCGUAUAGUUACGACAAGUAUCCUGCCUCUGGUAGAGCAGUAUGCCGAGAAUUCGCGCGACGUCUGGCAGGGAGCCAAGUUCUGGAAACAAUUCUUCGAAGCAAGCGCCAACGUCUCCCUUUCCGGUUAUGAGGAAAAACCCAACGAAGAAGAAACCACCGUGAACGAUGAACACACCGCGACGGAAGAAACAGAUUCAACCGCCAUUUCCGAGAACCCCUCAGCCUCCUACGAGACCCAGUCUUCUCUCGAUAACGAAGACAACGACAACGUCGACCUCACCCAUAACAAACCUGACGACCUCGAUCUGACCUCCCUAACUCUCACCGGCCACAGUACACCCCGAGCUCCGACAGAGAGAGCCGACGGAGACCCAGAUCUCACCUCCACAUCCUCGAUCGCAUACUCCUCCACUUCACCCUACGAAACCCUGAAGCAACAGGUCAACGAGUCCGAAUCCCCCUUCGGUCUUGAAGACUCGAACCUCCCAUCUACACCGCCCGGCAAAUCAUCGUUCAGGCAAUACCACGGAACCCCCAUGUCCCCCGGAUCCUCGCCAUUCGUACCCCCGGCCUCCCAUGAAAUAGAAACACCAACAACCAAUAGAAAGGGCGGGUACUACAACUCCAAACCCUCCGACCCAGUUAUGCACCGUAUGCCCGAUAAAACCUAUCGCGUGCAAGCCACCCCACUCGGCAAGGGAGCAGGAGCCGGCCGAUCCAAGUUCAACGUGACACCCAAGAACAAACCACCCUCCAGUAAAUACGCCUUCGGCGAUUCUCCCCUCUCUAGUCCCGAACCAGAAGCUCCGCAAUUGAACGAUGAGAUCUUUUCCUCGCCCAUAAAAUCAGCCUUCACACCCGGUACGGACCGCAAACGCAGCCGUCCCAGUCUCAGCAGCCAUCUACGUGUUACGCCGCAGCCUGGUAUCAGUGUCCUGACUCCCGCCAAAGGCGGUACUAGUGGCAAACGACCUGGGUUCUGGGAUAGCGACGAUGAGGAUAUGCCCGAGGACUUUGAAGACGACGGGUUCAGCCCCCCGAAGACGAUGCAAUUUCAUAUUCCGCAGAGUCGGCUGAUGAAGACUCCUGCAAAGGAAGCAUCGAAGCGGAUCGUGGAGGAUCUGCUUGUUACCGCUGGCGCGGAUGAUAUCACGGAUUCGGUGGGUGAGCAGAGUCCGAGUCUUAUUCGGCGAGCAGAGGGGUUGGAAGAUGAGUCGUUUUGA